AUGCAUACAGUAAAAGACCAUGAAGACAGUCGGGCUGCUGACCUCUCUGUGUUUGUUGUUUGCCCUUUCAGUUUGCAGAUAUUGAACGGAACCCAUAACCAGAACUAUUUUAUAGUUCGUUGCUUGCUUAGUUAUGUGGUAUCCUCAUUGAAUCUAAGACUCCGGCACUAUAAACCACCAAGAGGUUGGAACUCCUAUGAUUCUUUUUGCUGGACUAUUAAUGAGGAGCAGUUUUUACAAAAUGCUCAAGCUGUUUCUAAUCGCCUUUAUGCUCAUGGAUACAAGUAUGUUGUGGUUGAUUAUCUCUGGUAUAGGCGAAUGGUGGAGGGUGCUGGUAUCGAUUCUCUUGGAUUCGAUGUGAUUGAUGAAUGGGGAAGGUUGGCCCCUGAUCCAAGUAGGUGGCCUACAUCUGUAAAUGGGAAAGGUUUCACUCAAGUAUCGGCGAAGGUGCAUUCCAUGAAUCUAAAGUUUGGGAUUAAUGUGAUGAGAGGAAUAAGUACUCAAGCAUAUAAUGCCAACACCCCUAUUUUAGACGUCAAAACGGGACGUGCCUAUGAAGAGUCUGGUCGUAUAUAUACAGCAAAAGAUAUUGGGAUUCCAGACAGGCCUUGUUCAUGGAUGAAAAACGGUUUCAUGUCUGUAAAUAUUUCGAUGGCUGCAGGAAGAGCCUUCUUGAGGUCACUUUAUGUGCAAUAUGAUCACUGGGGUGUUGAAUUCGUGAAGCAUGACUGUGUAUUUGGUGAGGAUUUGGAUCUAGAGGAGAUAGAAACUGUGUCAAGGAUCCUGCAAAAUCGGAGACAUGAUAUCGUGUAUUCUGUGUCUCCCGGAACUGGUGCGACUCCAGCUAUGGCCAAAGUCGUAACUGAUUUAGUCGACAUGUACAAAAUAGGCAGUGCUAGUAUUGCUAAGGAUGGAUGGGGUUAUGUUGUUGCUCAUCUUUUUGUUGCAAGGGAUUUCGCAGCAGCCGGCCUGAUUGGUAGUGACGACUACAAUGGGAUAUGGGCAGACUUAGAUGCGCUACCAUUUGGAUGGGUUACUGAUCCUCCAGAUUCUAUGCGCGGUCCGUACAGGAAUUCUAGUCUUACUCCAGAUCAGCAAAGAACUCAGAUGACUUUUUGGGGUAUUACUAGGGCUCCACUUUUUCUUGGAGGAGAUGUUAGAAAUCUUGAUGAUGCCACAUACGAUCUAAUCACAAAUCCCAUGCUGUUGGAAAUGAACACUUAUAGCUCAAACAAUACGGAGCUUCUUAAUGUCGAUGUUGGUAAUGGAAUUCGUGCGUGGAUUGCAGAUCAAACGGAUAGCGGAGUGGUGUACCUUGCUUGUUUCAACCUAACGUAUCAAAAGAGGCAAGUAUCUGCUAAAGUAUCAGAUUUGGCCAAGGCUGUUCCUCAGAUUUUUGGGAGCAACGUGAGCAUCUGUGACGGCCGUGAAGCUUGGAGCGGGAUGGAUAUAGGAAAAAAUCAAACCGUAAUAUCAAUGGACGUAGAAGCAAAUGGCGCUGCACUUUUUCUCCUAUACUGUUUUUAG